AUGAUUCAGGACCGCGGGUUUUCGGACCAAUCGAUGCUAGCUGUGUCUGAGUAUCCUUUCGACGGUUUCGGCAUCAAGGCAUAUAGAGAUUUCCAGCGAACUGAUUUUGACCAAAUAGCUUCCCAGGAAGCCUUCCUGCAUAUAUUUCCGUGGUUCUCUGUCGGUGGAGAAGGCCUCCCCCGGGGGAGCAUAUAUCAAGAUGACUGGCUUCGGGAAAUAUGGGAGGACGACGAAAGUGAGGUAGAUGCUGAUGAAACUGAUGAUCGAGACUCACAGGGAGCGGUCGGAAACCUUGAUGAUCGGCUUGAAUCAUGGCUUAAUACAAUCGGUUGA